AUGCUCACCCAGAUCGACGAUUCCUCCGGCCGCUGUCCCCUCCGGGGACAGACAGAUCCCCCCCAGAUCUGCGCCGGGAUGGACAGAUGGCGGCCGGUGCUCAGCUGCGCCCAGCGCUGCCUUCUCUGGCCCGCAGAGAGCCGGCUUAUGCAGCCAGUAAAAGAUACAAGUAGGAAAACCUAUAAUCUAGGGUACUGGGAAGCUGAAAGGUAUAUUCUUGUGUCUGAGAGGUACCAGCAGAGCUCAGAGGAGAAAGUUUCUCUCUGUUUUCCAUCCGCAGGAGACGUUGUGGACAUCUACCAGCGGGAGUUUCUCGCCCUCCGGGACCGACUGCACGCAGCCGAGCAGGAGAGCCUGAAGCGCUCGAAGGAGCUCAACUUGGUCCUGGAGGAGAUCAAGAGAGCGAUCUCGGAGAAACAGGCCCUGCGGGAUAUAAACCGGACCUGGAGCAGCUUAUCUGACGAAACCAAGUUAAAACUGUGGAAUAUCACCAACAAGAAUGUGCUGCACCUUCCCACCAUCUUCCAUCAUUUGCCACAUUUGCUGUCAAAGGAGAACAGUCUGCAGCCAGCCGUGCAUGUGGGACAGGGGCGCACUGGAGUGUCCGUCGUGAUGGGAAUCCCCAGCGUGAAGCGGGAGGUCCAUUCCUACCUCACCGACACCCUCAACUCCCUCAUCUCAGAGCUCACUCAGCAGGAGAAGGAGGACUCCGUCAUCGUCGUCCUCAUCGCUGAGACAGAUCCGCAGUACACAGCUGGAGUGGCAGAAAAUAUCAAAAACUUAUUCCCAAAGGAAAUACACUCAGGUCUCCUGGAGGUAAUUUCCCCGUCUCCGCAUUUCUAUCCUGAUUUCUCCCACCUGCGGGAAUCCUUUGGGGACCCCAAGGAGAGAGUCAGGUGGAGGACAAAGCAGAACCUUGACUACUGCUUUUUAAUGAUGUAUGCCCAGUCCAAAGGCAUAUAUUACGUGCAGCUGGAGGAUGAUAUUGUGGCCAAACCAAACUAUCUCAGCACGAUGAAGAACUUUGCCUUGCAGCAGCCCUCCGAGGAGUGGAUGAUCCUGGAGUUUUCUCAGCUGGGGUUUAUUGGAAAAAUGUUCAAGUCUCUGGAUCUGAGCUUGAUCGUGGAGUUCAUCCUGAUGUUCUAUAAGGACAAACCCAUUGACUGGCUGCUGGAUCACAUCCUUUGGGUGAAAGUCUGCAACCCCGAGAAAGAUGCAAAACACUGCGACAGGCAGAAGGCAAACCUGAGGAUCCGCUUCAAGCCCUCCCUCUUCCAGCACGUGGGAACCCACUCCUCCUUGGCUGGGAAGAUACAGAAGCUGAAGGACAAGGACUUUGGCAAGCAGGCCCUGCGGAAAGAGCACGUCAACCCUCCUGCGGAGGUGAGCACCAGCCUGAAAACCUACCAGCACUUCACCUUGGAGAAGGCUUACCUGCGGGAGGACUUUUUCUGGGCCUUCACUCCCACCGCCGGAGACUUCAUCCGAUUCAGAUUCUUCAAACCACUCCGCAUCGAAAGGUUCUUCUUCCGCAGCGGGAACAUUGAGCACCCAGAAGACAAACUCUUCAAUACAACUGUGGAGGUUUUGCCGUUUGACAGCCUGCAGUCGGAUAAGGAAGCCUUACAGGAGGGAAGAGGUGCAGUCGUCAAAUACCGCAGGAUGCCAGAUGGCUACAUCCAGAUAGGCUCCUUCUCCAAGGGUGUUGCAGAGGGCGAGGUGGACCCAUCCUUCGGGCCGCUGGAAGCCAUCAGGCUGUCCAUCCAGACCGACUCCCCGGUGUGGAUCAUCUUGAGCGAGAUUUUUAUCAAAAAAGCGGAGUGAAACGGGCGCGAGGAAGGGUGGACGGACACACGUGGAUCCCCGGUCCUGCUCCCUCCC